AUGUCCUUUCCCAACAGCUCUCCUGCUGCUAAUACUUUUUUAGUAGAUUCCUUGAUCAGUGCCUGCAGGAGUGACAGUUUUUAUUCGAGCAGCGCCAGCAUGUACAUGCCACCACCUAGCGCAGAUAUGGGGACCUAUGGAAUGCAAACCUGUGGACUGCUCCCGUCUCUGGCCAAAAGAGAGGUGAACCACCAAAAUAUGGGUAUGAAUGUGCAUCCUUAUAUACCUCAAGUAGACAGUUGGACAGACCCGAACAGAUCUUGUCGAAUAGAGCAACCUGUUACACAGCAAGUCCCCACUUGCUCCUUCACCACCAACAUUAAGGAAGAAUCCAAUUGCUGCAUGUAUUCUGAUAAGCGCAACAAACUCAUUUCUGCCGAGGUCCCUUCGUACCAGAGGCUGGUCCCCGAGUCCUGUCCCGUUGAGAACCCUGAGGUUCCCGUCCCUGGAUAUUUUAGACUGAGUCAGACCUACGCCACCGGGAAAACCCAAGAGUACAAUAACAGCCCCGAAGGCAGCUCUACUGUCAUGCUCCAGCUCAACCCUCGUGGUGCGGCCAAGCCGCAGCUCUCCGCUGCCCAGCUGCAGAUGGAAAAGAAGAUGAAUGAGCCCGCGAACGGCCAGGAGUCCACCAAAGUCUCCCAGGUGGAAAGCCCUGAGGCCAAAGGCGGCCUUCCUGAAGAGAGGAGCUGCCUAGCUGAGGUCUCCGUGUCCAGUCCAGAAGUGCAGGAGAAGGAAAGCAAAGAGGAAAUCAAGUCUGAUACUCCAACCAGCAAUUGGCUCACUGCAAAGAGUGGCAGAAAGAAGAGGUGCCCUUACACUAAGCACCAAACGCUGGAAUUAGAAAAAGAGUUCUUGUUCAAUAUGUACCUCACCCGCGAGCGCCGCCUAGAGAUCAGUAAGAGCGUUAACCUCACCGACAGGCAGGUCAAGAUUUGGUUUCAAAACCGCCGAAUGAAACUCAAGAAGAUGAGCCGAGAGAACCGGAUCCGAGAACUGACCGCCAACCUCACCUUUUCUUAG